CUCUUGUCCAGCGCCAUCCAAUGAGAAUACCGUACACAUUGCUGCCCUCUGAUUGGUUCUUUCCGUUAGUAUCUACGCAAAAACAUACAAUCAGCACGCAGCUUUACAAGAAAGAUUUGAGCGACGAUUUAUAUACUUGUUCCAAGUUUUUAGGCGUCAAGCGGAAUAAUGUAAAAGAAGGCUUUCCAGUCAGUGUAAACACAACGAUCGGUGUAUUCUGGAUUAAUUUUCGUUGGGAAAGUGUCACGGAAGAAAAAUAGGGAAUAUCGAAGUGCGCGUGCGCGAGAAGCAACGCUGACGCAGACGGUACGUCAGCUGUUUUGUUAGAGAAUCGUACUAUCAUCAUAGAAAACGUCCUGCCGCGAGUGAAAGGUCACGGCGCGUCGAGGAAAAGCUAACGGAACCGUAGUAAAAGCCACAAAUUGUCUGGAAAUUUAUUCUGUCGAGAAGGAGCAGUGUAAAGGCGUCCGUCCGACUAUAGUGUUCUGUGGUACCACUUCGGGAGGUUUUAGGACGUUCCGCUUCCUGGAACAGAUUGCAGACUCUACUUCCAGAAGAGAAAUAUGGCACAAACAACGAGCAGCGCACUAAGGGCACUUGCCCUCGAAUAUAAAAGCCUUCAAGAGGAGCCCGUCGAGGGAUUCCGAGUAAAACUCGUUAACGAGGACAACAUGUUUGAGUGGGAAGUAGCUAUCUUCGGGCCCCCGGAUACGCUUUACCAAGGAGGAUACUUCAAGGCACACAUGAAGUUCCCGCCGGAUUAUCCGUACAGUCCACCCAGCAUCCGAUUUAUGACGAAAGUUUGGCACCCGAACGUGUACGAGAACGGAGAUCUAUGCAUAUCAAUCCUGCACCCGCCAGUAGAUGAUCCACAGAGUGGAGAAUUGCCGUGCGAGAGGUGGAAUCCAACGCAGAAUGUCAGGACGAUCCUGUUGUCUGUGAUCUCGCUUCUGAACGAGCCGAAUACGUACAGCCCUGCCAACGUGGAUGCAUCUGUGAUGUAUAGGCGCUGGCGUGACUCCAAGGGUAAAGACAAAGAGUAUGAAAAUAUCAUAAGAAAACAAGCGCAGGCAGCAAAGAUGGAAGCUGAAAAGGAGGGGAUCGUCGUGCCGGUAACGUUGGAGGAUUAUUGCAUCAAGACUCACGCGAGGCCAGCCGAGCAACAGCUGGACAUGACGGACUUCUACGACGACGAGUACGAGCUGGACGACGACGACGACGACGAGCAAAUGAGCGCCAGCGACUACGAAGACGGUGACGAUAGUGACGUGCCACCUAAAAUUCAAAAAGAACUUACUCGUCGUUAGAUGUUUAAGUAGGCUCGUAUCUUAGGGCGACGUCGAGACGAUAUCGUGCCGUUUUUUGUCACUAUGUAUUUUCAAACGUGAUCAACCAUCCAAGUCCGUUGAUUUAUCAUGCGUCAUCAAUCCUCGUUUGCCUUUCGAGUCGCUAUCGCUUUGAUCCGCGAUACGUGCAUGAUUUUCCACUCGAACGGCAAGUAUCAAAAUUCGAGUUGCACUUCUGUAGAUCAUUUAACGAGACACAAGGAGAAUGUAACGAAUAAUUCCAUGGAGAGGGAAAAAAAAAAAAAAAAAAAAAAAACGUACACGUGGAGAAGUGACGUUCAAAUGUGACGAAAUCUCGUGAAAUGAAAAUAACGAAUUCUCUACCACUCGGAAUUCUAGGCUGAAUGAUAAAAUCGUUGAGAAUGCCGUGUUUAUAAGCUCUUUAACUUAAGCAAUAUACGGUAUGAAAAUAAGUACUUUGUUAGAAGCACUGUGCUUGUUGUGUUGUGAUUGGCACGUCGAUCUUUUUAACUAGGUGAAAAAGAAAAAAGUGAAAAAGGACCAAUUGAUUUACCUCGUGGUGAUUCAGCGUUCGAUAAAAUUAAUCGUAAACGAAAAAAGUACAAUGAUUGGGCUGGCUCAAAUCUUCUUUAUCCGUGUGGCGUAAUUUGAUAUUAUCAAAAUGGGUAUAUCAAUUGAUCCUGCAUUUCAAAUCUUCGAUGAACGUUUGCAUUAAAUAAAGUAAAAAAAAUUUCUCCGUUUCGUAUAUGAUUAUUUAUGCUACAGAGCCAAAAGUUUGAAAGAAAUUCGGAUGUGUGAGAAAGAAACAAACUGCCAAAAAAGACCUGUUAAACAUUCUUCGUAAUCCUAAAAUUUUUUAUUUAAGCUACGCUGUUUGCUAGUACUCCUUAAUUCGUUUCUUUUCUGUUCGAUUAAAAUUUCGAAUGAUCGAAUCCAUUUCUCUCUCUCUCUCUCUCUCUCUCUCUCCCUCCCCCCCCCCCUCUCCCCCCUUUCUUUUUUUAUACACGCAGAUUUAUAUAAGUAUUAGUCUAGAUACUUGUACUUUUUGUUUACCAUAUACUUACGAGGAUUGUCUUUUGCGAAUUUAGUGUAACGUUUUUUAGGGCAGGUCUUUAGACAGCUUGUUUAUUAAUGAUUUUUAAACGUAAACCGUACUACGAACGACAUGAUGUGUUUUUUUGUUUUUAAAUUUAAGUGAAUUUUUGAUUAUAUAUAAUGUUACUAAAUUCUUUUGAGAAAAAACACUGAACUACUUUUAUGACUUCUACGUGCAUUGCGCUGCAUCCACAAAAUUACUUUGGCUUGUAAUAAUUAUUAAGAUCUCUUGAUGUUAAGUAUUAUCUUUCACACGGGGACGAAGCUUUGUAGGUGAAGUUAAACAUAAGCUUACUACUUAAGUGAAAGGAAUACCGGAUACAGCUAACCUACACUGUGCUAGUGUGUAUCCGUGCUUGUACGACUGAAAUUGUAAAUAGUACAUGAAACCCAAUCUUAAAGACAUGAAAUGUGUAAAUGAUACUUCUAUCUUCGUUCUCUAUUAGCCAUUUUAUUAAAAGACCAAAAUUAAGUGUUGAAAAAUGUUAAACGGUAAAAUAAAAGCAAAAGAAUAUUUAAAUUUCAAUAUUGUCUAAAGGAAGCAUAUACUCAGCGCCGCUUGUAGUGAUAUAGAGAAAAAAAGAAAAAAAAAAAAAAAGUAAAUAUUCCCUAGUUCCUUGA